AUGGAGUCUGUGGCCCUGUACAGCUUCCAGGCCACGGAGAGCGACGAGCUGGCCUUCAACAAGGGGGACACGCUCAAGAUCCUGAAUAUGGAGGACGACCAGAACUGGUACAAGGCCGAGCUGCGGGGUGCCGAGGGGUUCGUUCCUAAGAACUACAUUCGCGUCAAGCCCCACCCGUGGUACUCAGGCCGGAUCUCCCGGCAGCUGGCGGAAGAGAUUCUGAUGAAGCGGAACCACCAGGGAGCCUUCCUGAUCCGGGAGAGCGAGAGCUCCCCAGGGGAGUUCUCCGUCUCUGUGAACUACGGGGACCAGGUCCAGCACUUCAAGGUGCUACGCGACCCCUCAGGGAAGUACUACCUGUGGGAGGAGAAGUUCAACUCUCUUAACGAGCUGGUCGCCUUCUACCGGACCACCACCAUCGCCAAGAAGCGGCAGGUCUUCCUGCAGGACGAGGAGCCCCUGCCCAAGCCGCCCCGGGCCUGCUUCGCCCAGGCCCAGUUUGACUUCUCAGCCCAGGACCCCUCCCAGCUCAGCUUCCGCCGCGGUGACAUCAUUGAGGUCCUGGAGCGCCUUGACCCCUGCUGGUGGCGGGGCCGGCUCUCCGGGCGGAUUGGCUUCUUCCCGCGGAGCUACGUCCAGCCGGUGCACCUGUGA